AUGGCUGCACGACCUCAGAACAUUGGCAUUAAAGCCAUCGAAAUUUACAUCCCCAAUCAGUGCGUUGAUCAAGCUGAACUGGAGAAAUUCGAUGGCGUCUCAACUGGAAAAUACACAAUUGGCCUCGGCCAGACCAAAAUGGCCUUCUGUGACGACCGAGAAGCAGACAUCUACUCGAUUGCCCUCACCACCCUCGCGAGACUCAUCUCUGCGUACUCCAUCGAUCUGAAAACCAUCGGCAGAUUAGAAGUGGGCACUGAGACCAUGCUCGACAAGAGCAAGAGUGUGAAAUCAGUCUUGAUGCAGUUAUUUGAAGAGUCGGGCAACUUCAACGUUGAGGGCGUGGACUCUUACAAUGCUUGCUAUGGUGGCACAAAUGCAGUUUUCAACAGCUUGAACUGGAUUGAGUCGUCAGCUUGGGACGGACGGGAUGCCAUUGUGGUUGCGGGCGACAUUGCUCUCUACAAGAAAGGCAAUGCUCGUCCUACUGGCGGUGCUGGCUGCGUAGCUAUGUUGAUUGGGCCUGACGCACCUGUUGCCUUCGAAGCAGGACUCCGAGGAUCGUACAUUACUCACGCCUACGACUUCUACAAGCCUGACCUGACCAGCGAGUAUCCUUACGUUGAUGGACACUUCUCGCUGAGAUGUUACACCGAAGCUAUCGAUGCGUGCUACAAAGCAUACAAUGCUCGAGAGAACACACUGAAAGCCCUGGCGAACGGCGCGGCAACCAAUGGCCACGCGAACGGAAACGGAGUGGCCAGGGGAGAAGACGAGGAAGCUCCUCUGGACAGAUUCGACUACAUGGCCUUCCACGCACCAACUUGCAAACUCGUCUCUAAGUCAUACGCUCGUCUGUUGUACAACGACUUCCUCCAAGACCCCAGUCACCCUCAGUUCAAAGAGGUUGCGCCAGAACUCCGAGAUAUCGACUAUCAGGCCUCUCUGACCGACAAGAACAUCGAAAAAACCUUCAUGGCGCUGACUAAAAAGCGUCUCGCUGAACGAGUCCACCCUUCCAUUCAGGUCGCCACCUUGUGCGGAAACAUGUACUGUGGCAGCGUCUACGGAGGCCUCGUCGGGCUCCUCGCCAGCAUACCUCCAAAAACAUUGCACGGCAAGCGGAUCGGUGUCUUCAGCUACGGUAGCGGUUUGGCCAGCUCCAUGUUCAGCUUGAAGGUUGUGGGUGACACUACGGAAAUGCUCGAGAAGCUCAAUCUACAGAAAAGACUGGACGAUCGCCGGGUCGUUUCCCCGGAGGUGUAUGACGAGAUGUGCUUGCUGCGAGAGAAGGCUCAUCUCAAGAAAGACUUCAAACCGGUGGGCAACGUGGAGAACCUGGUUCCGGGAACAUACUACCUGACCGAGGUUGAUGACAUGUUCCGCAGAAAGUAUGAGAUUAAGGCGUAA